AAAACCCUAUCCAUCUCCCUUGCGAGCACUCACUUUCUCAUCCUCUCUAACAUUUUCUUGCAGACUAUCCAAACCCUAACCCUAGCCAACUUUGUCGGCGACUCUACAGAUUAUGGGAGAAACAAGGGACAACGAUGCUUACGAGGAAGAGCUUCUCGACUACGAGGAAGAAGAAGACAAAGCCCCCGACUCCGUCACCGGAAAAGUCAACGGCGAAGCCGCCAAGAAGGGCUAUGUUGGAAUUCACAGUUCAGGAUUCAGAGACUUCCUUUUGAAGCCAGAACUUCUUCGGGCAAUUGUGGACUCGGGGUUUGAGCAUCCUUCUGAAGUGCAACAUGAGUGUAUCCCUCAAGCUAUCUUGGGCAUGGAUGUUAUUUGUCAAGCUAAAUCGGGGAUGGGAAAAACUGCUGUGUUUGUUCUGUCAACCCUGCAACAAAUUGAGCCUGUCACAGGUCAAGUCGCAGCUCUCGUUCUAUGCCAUACAAGGGAGUUAGCUUACCAGAUCUGCCACGAGUUCGAGAGAUUCAGUACUUAUUUACCUGAUAUCAAGGUUGCUGUUUUCUAUGGUGGCGUCAAUAUAAAAAUUCACAAGGAUCUUUUAAAAAAUGAAUGCCCUCAUAUUGUUGUUGGAACACCUGGAAGGAUACUGGCACUUGCUAGAGACAAGGACCUUGCUUUAAAGAAUGUGAGACACUUUAUCCUUGAUGAAUGUGACAAGAUGCUUGAAUCACUUGACAUGAGGAGGGAUGUUCAAGAGAUCUUCAAGAUGACUCCUCAUGAUAAGCAGGUUAUGAUGUUUUCAGCAACCCUCAGCAAGGAAAUCCGCCCUGUUUGCAAGAAAUUUAUGCAAGAUCCUAUGGAAAUUUAUGUUGAUGACGAGGCCAAGUUGACCCUUCAUGGUCUUGUACAGCACUACAUCAAACUGAGUGAGCUUGAGAAAAAUCGCAAGUUGAAUGAUCUCCUUGAUGCAUUGGACUUCAAUCAAGUUGUUAUCUUCGUCAAAAGUGUGAGUAGAGCCGCAGAGCUGAACAAGUUACUUGUGGAGUGCAAUUUCCCGUCUAUCUGCAUCCAUUCUGGGAUGCCCCAGGAAGAAAGGUUGACACGCUACAAGGGUUUCAAGGAGGGGCAUAAAAGGAUUCUUGUGGCCACGGAUUUGGUUGGUAGGGGAAUUGACAUUGAGCGUGUCAAUAUUGUUAUAAACUAUGACAUGCCAGAUUCUGCAGACACUUAUCUGCACAGGGUUGGUAGAGCUGGAAGAUUUGGCACCAAAGGACUUGCAAUUACAUUUGUUUCAUCAGCUUCUGACUCUGAUGUUCUUAAUCAGGUCCAGGAGAGAUUUGAGGUGGAUAUUAAGGAGCUCCCUGAGCAGAUUGAUACCUCUACAUACAUGCCAUCGUAAUGAAACUCGGGUGGGCUACACAGAAGCUUCAUAGCAGGGAAAGCGUUUUUGAUCAGCUGGUUAGGUUUUUGUUGGAACUUGGUUGCACUAAUGUUGAAUAUGGUUAAAACCCAGAUGCUUUGCAGAGGCAGAUGGCCGACUAUUUGAUUUGCACUGCCUUAAUGAGUUAUUGUAGUUAUAUAAAAGACCCUGGGUUGGGGGGGAUCCCAGCUGAUCAUGGAGAAAUAGCUAGUUUUGCUUAUUAGAACAAAAAAGCUAUAACACUUAACUGCAACAAUUGCGCGGCAUCCACAUGCAGUACUUGGUUUUUUCUAAAAUUAGAUUUGCUGUCUCCUAUGUCCUAUCAUAUCAUGAUUGUCAUUUUAAUUAUUUGAUGAUGCGAAACAGGCUUUUUGUAUUUUUUUUAGAGUUUUUUAUUAAUGUAUUUUUCACGGCAGCAUCUGUAACCAA